CAGAGGAAGGCACGCUCGCUCCUUCCUUCCUUCCUUCUACGCCGACGCCGCUUUCUUCGCGUCUCUGGCACAGAUAUGACCAUUUUAUGAAGCAUCUAACUACCUCUAUGAAUAAAGAAUAGCAUCAUUGGACAAGUGUGGACACAUGUGGACAAGUGGAGGGUGGACAUGAUGGCUUAUGUAAGGCUGCUAAGACGAUUCACAAUGAAACAUUUGUCCCUGUGGAAACUUUGGAAGUUUACCUUCAUUAUUUUUAUCUUCUUGAUAUUUUUGUUUCUGCUACAAAGAGAAGUUGGCAUUCAGGAUUUUAAUGAGGAGCCUGGGAGCCCAUCAAAAGAUGGAAAGAUUAAUAAUGUACUGGGUCUAGUAUUAAAAGCUGUGAACAAUAUUAAAGUUGCAAAGCCAAAAAUGCAGAUUAAAGCGCCUAUUAGGCAAACUCAAAAGGCAGGGCAGAAGCGCUGUUUACCUGGAUCCUAUACAGCAGCAGAGCUGACACCUCACCUGGAUCGACCCCCUCAGGACUCUAAUGCUCCAGGGGCUUCUGGUAAACCAUUCAAAACAGUCAAUUUAAGUCCAGCUGAGAAGAAGGAAAAAGAACGAGGGGAUGAAAAACAUUGUUUCAAUGCUUUCGCAAGCGACAGGAUUUCUUUACACCGGGAUCUUGGACCAGACACAAGACCUCCUGAAUGUAUUGAGCAAAAGUUUAAACGCUGUCCUCCACUACCUACCACAAGUGUUAUCAUAGUUUUCCACAAUGAAGCAUGGUCUACUCUUUUAAGAACAGUUCACAGUGUGAUGUAUACUUCCCCUGCAAUAUUACUCAAGGAAAUAAUUUUGGUGGAUGAUGCCAGUGUAGAUGACUGUCUUGUUGUCUUUUUAGAAUACUUGCAGGAUAAAUUGGAUGAUUAUGUGAAACAAUUCCAGAUAGUUAAAGUUGUCCGACAAAAGGAAAGAAAGGGGCUCAUCACUGCUCGAUUAUUAGGUGCUUCAAUAGCAACUGGAGAAACCCUCACUUUUUUGGAUGCACACUGUGAAUGUUUCUAUGGCUGGCUAGAGCCAUUGUUGGCCAGAAUAGCUGAAAACAAUACUCGUGUCGUAAGCCCUGACAUUUCAUCUAUAGAUCUAAAUACAUUUGAAUUUAUGAAACCUUCUCCUUAUGGUCAAAACCAUAAUAGAGGGAAUUUUGACUGGAGUUUGUCGUUUGGAUGGGAAUCUCUUCCUGAACAUGAAGGCAAGAGAAGGAAAGAUGAAACGUACCCUAUUAAAACUCCCACUUUUGCAGGAGGCCUCUUUUCAAUAUCAAAGGACUACUUUUACAAAGUUGGAAGCUAUGAUGAAGAAAUGGAAAUAUGGGGAGGAGAAAAUAUAGAAAUGUCUUUCCGAGUGUGGCAAUGUGGGGGUCAGCUGGAAAUCAUACCUUGCUCAGUUGUGGGCCAUGUAUUUCGCAGCAAGAGCCCCCAUACCUUUCCAAAAGGGACUCAAGUGAUCACCCGUAAUCAAGUUCGUCUUGCAGAAGUCUGGAUGGAUGAAUAUAAGUAUAUAUUUUACCGGAGAAACACAGAAGCAACAAAAAUAGUUAAACAAAAAACAUUUGGUGACCUCUCAAAAAGAUAUGAGUUAAGGCAACAAUUACAAUGUAAAAACUUUACGUGGUACCUUAGCAAUGUUUAUCCUGAGGCAUAUGUACCAGACUUGAAUCCUCCAUUAUAUGGAUUUUUAAAAAAUAUUGGGAGAAGAACAUGCCUGGAUGCUGGAGAAAAUAAUAAUGGUGGCAAGCCAUUGAUUAUGUAUACAUGUCACGGGCUUGGAGGAAACCAGUACUUUGAAUAUUCUGCACAUCAUGAAAUUAGACACAACAUCCAGAAGGAGCUGUGCCUGCAUGCUUUAGCAGGAGAAGCACAACUUCAGGACUGUGGCUACAAAGGGAAGAACAGCAAAACCCCUCCAGAAGAGAAAUGGGAGAUCCGAGAGGACCAGUCGUUGUACAACGCAGCCUUAAAGAUGUGCCUGACAGGAAAUAAAGAACAUCCAAGCUUGGUGCCGUGUAACCCCUCAGACGUCUUCCAAAAAUGGAUUUUUAGCCGAAACAAUUAAGUACUGGUAAUUAGGAGAUGUUUUAAAUGGGAACUGUAUCUCCUUCAAAAUUAUCCAGGUUUAACUUAAAUUAUGCAGAGUCAUCUUAACUGUAAAAAAAUAAAUAAAGCAUUUUUACUUCAAAAUUAAAAUGCACAAUUUAACUGGCAAGAAACCCAAGGAAUACUUAGGUUUCUUGAUGCUUAAAAAAAUGUUUACAAAUAUUGGAAAUUAUAUUUCCAGUAUAUAUAUAUAUAUAUUUGUAAAACCUCUGUCUUUAAGACACAAUUCUCAUUGGUUUGGGGAUAGUUUGUAAUUGUUUUACAUACCUGCAUUCACAAACACAUUCUGGUCAAUAACUGAAGAAACUUGUUGAUAGAGGUUACGGGAGAUGAUUUUUUUUCUAUAUUAUCUGAAAAAUAGAGUGCCUUAUAGGUGUUCUUUAUAAUUUAAACUGUGACAGCUUUCCUUAAAUGACCAUCCGUGGUUUACACAUUGAUCUAGUUGGCUCAGUGUUUAUUGCAAGAAAUAUCUAUGAAGUUUAUCAAUUCUUCUGAAACUAUGAAGUUCUAUUACCACUCCAAUGAAUAAUACGUUCUUGGUGUUAGCCCCUUGCAAACCUUUUGGGUCUUUGUACGCUGCUGUUUUUGGUGUUCUGUUGUUCAUUAUGCUUAUCAGUGAUGAGCUUUGUAUGUUUAAGAUUUCUGAAACUGAUUACAAAAUUGUUCUCUUUU